AUGAGCGAUGGCAUGUGGAUCUCGCUCAGCCCCGCCGAGUUUGCCCAGCUCCAGCAGUACACGGACUACUCCACCAAGAAGCUCAAGGAUGUUCUGGAGGAGUUCAAUGGGGACGGUGUCCUCUCGAGGUACAACCCUGAACAGCCCAUCGACUACGAGGGCUUCUGCCUCUUCAUGAAGACCUACCUGGAGGCAGAUGUGCCCGAGGAGCUUUGCCAGCACCUCUUCACUUCCUUCAAGCGUAAGAUCUGCCAAGCCUCCCCCGAGAGCCAGCACCAGAGCCCUGGUGUGUCACAGCACAGCACCCUCGGUGAGCCAGCCCUGUUGCCCUUCAGCCUGCGGAAAGGCCCCAGCUCCCUGAAAGCCACCCCACCUCCUCCUCCCACCCCUGUGGCCCAGGUGGUCCACCUGAAGGACAUUGUCUGCUACCUGUCCCUGCUGGAGAGGGGACGAGCAGAGGACAAGCUGGAGUUUAUGUUUCGCCUCUAUGAUACCGAUGGAAACGGUGUUCUGGACAGCUCGGAGCUGGAUCGUAUCAUCAACCAGAUGGUGCACGUGGCUGAGUACCUGGAGUGGGACUCCACCGAGCUGAAGCCUAUCCUGAAGGAUAUGAUGGAAGAGAUCGAUUACAACCACGAUGGCACUGUGACACUGGAGGAGUGGAUCCGGGGGGGCAUGACCACCAUCCCCUUGCUGGUCCUCCUGGGGAUGGAGACGAAUGUGAAGGAUGAUGGGCAACAUGCCUGGAGGCUGAAGCACUUCAAGAAACCUGCCUACUGCAACUUCUGCCGCACCAUGCUGCUGGGGGUCCGCAAGCAGGGCCUCUGCUGCUCCUUCUGCAAGUACACGGUCCAUGAGAGGUGUGUGUCCAAAGACAUUGCUUCCUGCAUCAGCACCUACGUUAAAUCCAAGAGGAACACAACCGUGAUGCAGCACACCUGGAUCGAGGGCAAUUCACCUGCCAAGUGUGACAGAUGUCACAAGAGCAUCAAGUGCUACCAGGGUAUCACUGGCCUGCACUGUGUCUGGUGCCAAGUCACGCUCCACAACAAGUGUGCCUCCCAUGUGAAGCCAGAGUGUGAUGGGGGCCCACUGCGGGACCACAUCUUGCUCCCAUCCUAUAUCUGCCCAGUUGUCCUGGACAGGCAGUCCCACUGCCGACGGUCGGAGAGCGACUCCCCUGCCAGCACCAGCCCCGAGGACAGCCAGGGCUUCAAGUUCAACUCCACCACGGUGGAUGGGCAAGGGCUGCAGAUCAGCCCUCAGCCCGGGACACACCCUCUGCUCGUGUUCGUGAACCCCAAGAGUGGAGGAAGGCAAGGGGAGCGGGUCCUCCGGAAGUUUCACUACCUGCUCAACCCACGCCAGGUGUACAACCUGGACCGCGGUGGGCCCACACCAGGGCUGAACUUCUUUCGGGACACUCCAGAUUUCCGUGUGCUGGCCUGUGGAGGGGACGGCACGGUGGGUUGGAUCCUGGACUGCAUAGAUAAGGCAAACCUGGUGAAGCACCCACCGGUGGCCGUCCUGCCCCUGGGAACGGGCAAUGACCUCGCACGGUGCCUGCGCUGGGGAGGAGGCUAUGAAGGAGGCAACCUGAUGAAGGUCCUGAAAGACAUAGAGCACAGCACAGAGGUGAUGCUGGACCGCUGGCACAUCGACAUCAUUCCUACUGACAGGGAGGCCAACGGAGAUCCCGUCCCAUCCACUAUCAUCAACAACUACUUCUCCAUUGGGGUGGAUGCCUCCAUCGCCCACCGCUUCCACAUCAUGCGAGAAAAACACCCUGAGAAGUUCAACAGCAGGAUGAAGAACAAGCUGUGGUACUUUGAAUUCGGGACAUCAGAGACCUUUGCAGCCACCUGCAAGAAGCUCCAUGACUAUGUUGAGGUUGAGUGCGAUGGGACCCUGCUGGACCUGAGCAACACAUCCCUGGAGGGCAUCGCCGUCCUCAACAUCCCCAGCAUGUACGGGGGCUCCAACCUGUGGGGUGAGACCAAGAAGCAGCGUGGGUACAACCGGCUGGGCAAGAAGGCACCAGAGAAGCUGCCUGGCACGGUGGUCACCGAUGCCAAGGAGCUGAAGUUCUGCGUGCAGGACCUCAGCGACCAUCUCCUGGAGGUGGUGGGGCUGGAAGGUGCCAUGGAAAUGGGACAGAUCUACACGGGGCUGAAGAGUGCAGGGAAGAGACUGGCCCAGUGUUCCUCCGUCAUCAUCAGGACGUCCAAGCUGCUGCCCAUGCAGGUGGAUGGGGAGCCCUGGAUGCAGCCGUCCUGCACCGUCAAAAUUACACAUAAAAGCCAGGUGCCCAUGCUGCUGGGCCCUCCCCAGAAGAGCAGCUUCUUUUUCCUGAAGAGGAGAAACUGAACCUGGGAUUAAAGCAUCAUCCAAGGAUCCACAG